CUUUUCAUAUUUUUCUUUCUUUCUCAUUUUUCAUUUAUUUUUAGGAUCGAACAGCACUUGGAUUUGAUUAUCCAGGAUACAAUGUCUCGAACCGGGGAACAUCAGUGUGCACCAUGUGCGAACCUUGGGAACCCUGUGUUCUCCUGCACGAUGAAACUCUCGUCGUCCUCUGGGCCCAAACUUCAGAGUCUUCUGUACAGGACCACGUCCGGCCAAUACGGGUCUCGUCCCCCGACCUUCGAGUCGUCCCCGUGUGUGUAUUACCCGCAGUCUCAGGCUUUCUCCGAGCACCUGGCUCUGUGCGGGAUGCCCCGGGACACCGCGUUCAACACCAGCCUUGACCGCAGCCGGGUGUGUGACUGCCUCAAUUUACACAACACCAUCUGACAUAGCAUAAAUCCUGCUCUGUAUGUGUGUGUGUGUGUGAAUGGAUGAUGAUGAUGACUCUGAUAUUCAGGAUCGGUUCUGCCCUUAGAUACUUUUCAGUGUCAGACUUGUUGUAAUCGCAGUGUAUUAAACUUUUCAUCAGCGGUUCCAGAACAAGUAGGUACAAGUUGGGUAGUAGGUACAAGUUGAAGUCACACUUCAAAUGUUUUACUCAGAUAGAAGUGUUAAGUAAAAUGUACAACGAAAAAAUACAAGUACUUUACAAGAAACAUAUUUUUCUGGAUAUCUGACUGAGUCACUGUAUUUUUAUAGUAUUU